UGCAGAACACCAUCCGGUACAGCACCGUCCGAAAUGCCUCUAUGACCCAGACGGCUGACCGCAGGGACCCCAGGUGAGCCUGCGUCCAGUGUUGGGGACCACCCCCCCAGCGGCGCACGCCUUCGCUGACCAAACGAGUGGAGCUGCGGACCCACGUCGGCAACCGGACAGACACACGCACACACCCCUGCAGUCACACACACGGACCAGGGGCUUGAUGGAGCCUCCGCUGGAGCUGGAGGAGCCCCAGGGGGCCCUCAGGGGCCUGAACGAGCGGCUGGCCAGCUUCCUGGAGCACGUGCAGCGGCUGGAGACCACCAACCGCGACCUGGAGCAGCGCAUCCUGGACUGGGGGCGAGACCGCGUGCAGCCCCCGCCCGACUGGAGCGCACAGGAGGGGGUCAUGGAGGAGCUCAGGACUCAGGUGAGCCGUUUAAUGGCAGAAAAUGCCCAGCUGUGUUGGCAGACUGACUCCCUGAAAGCCAGAGCCUCCCACUUUGAGAAAAGGUAUGAGAUGGAGAAGUGGCAGACGGGUCGGUUGGUGCCGCAGGUGAUGGAAAUGAGGGAGACGCUGAGGGACCUGGAGAGAACAAACUCCCUCCUGGACGCAGAGAUUCACGAGAACACCGCCGUGCUUGAGCAGACACACAUGGACUAUGAGGAGUCUCUGGCGGAGCACAGGAAGCAGCGGCAGCAGCUGGUCCUCGUCUGCGACGACGUGCUAGCGCGGCAUCUGGCCAGUGAGGAUGGCAGAGAGAUGGAGCUCUCUCAGCUCCUCGACGGCAUCAGGGCGCAGUGCGCCCGCAUCGGCGGCCACCCGGGCCCGGACGCCAGCCCAACUCGAGUCCCAGGCUUCUCGCAGGCACCAGGAGGAGGCCUCUCCAGCAGUGCAGCAGCAGCAGCAGCAGCUCAUAUCAGAGGAGGAGCUGUCGCACAGAGGCAGGCUGAGGCAGCCUUGGCACAGGUGAGCCAGGGAGAGGUGGCUUUGAAGGAGGCCAGAGAAGAGUUGGCUGAAGCCAGGAGGCAAUGGCACAGUCUGCAAGUGGAAAUAGAGUCCAUGCAUGCACUGGAGAAGGGUCUAGAGAGCUCCCUGCGCCACACACAAAUGCACUACUCGGAGCAGCUGCAGGACCUGUCGCGGGUCGUCCGUGACUUGGAGGGCGAGCUGGGCGAGGUGAGGGACGGCCUGGCCAACCAGAGGGAGCGGCACGGCCAGCUGCUCAACACCAAGAUGAGGCUCGAGCGCGAGAUCAAGACCUACCGAAAGCUCCUGGACAGCGAGGAGGGCAGGUACUUGGCCCAUAACGGUCAGCUGGGAGGACUGAAGCCCUGGAAAGGUCCCGUGGUGGAGAUCCACCAGAACGGCGUGGAAUUCAGCCCCGAGGACGAGGAGGGGCCAAUCACAGAGCUCCACAUGACCGAGAUUGAUGGGUUCCGGAAGCAUCCGGCAAUACUCCGCAGGCAGCAGAGCUUAGUCAUACUGACAGAGCCAGAGAGGAACACGGACGUGAAGAUCGCCACGGUGAAGACGCAGGAGAUCCUGCAGGGCACGGUGGUGCGGGAGAGCGCCGAGGGCCACGGCACCGUCGAGACAGAGAAGAUUGACAAGGUGAUAAAGCAGUGGGAGGGCUCCUUCUUCCAGGGAAACCCCAAGCUGCGCAAGAAGUCUGUGUCCCUGCGCUUCGACCUGCACAUGGCCGUGACGGACGAGGGCUGCGCCCAGACCAAGCAGGACAGUCUGCCCGACGUGGAGGUGCGUCUGGUCAUGCGUCGCUCCCGCAGCAUCCCCACCAUCGCCCAGUGAG